AUGUCUUCUCCUUCUGACACCUCCUCAGCUCCUAAAAAACAAGACGCCUCUACUCAGGCCUCAUACCCGCUCGAACCCACGCAACUCGGCACCUGGUCAUCCGACCUCAAGGCCGAUGUUGUGACUGCUCUUGCAUCAACUGUGAUUGUGAACCAUGGAGCCACAACUGCAUUGAUUAACCGUGAUGCUCGUAGCCGUGGGUUAAUUAAUGUAUACUCUAAUGCAGUUACUCCUGAGGGUUCACCUACAAUGAAUCAAAAACAAAGUGGAAGAUGUUGGUUGUUUGCAGGAACAAAUCAGUUAAGAAUUGGAAUUAUGCGUCGACUUAACUUGACAGAACUGGAAUUAUCACCUUCUUACUUGUUUUUUUAUGAUAAAUUAGAAAAGGCCAACUUCUUUUUGGAACAAAUUGAACAAACUGCAACCUCUGAAGAAGUUGAGUCACGUUUAAUCCAACACUUGUUAACAGACCCUGUAAUUGAUGGUGGACAGUAUGACAUGUUUGCAAAUAUUGUGGCCAAGUAUGGAUUGGUUCCUAACUCUGUGUUCCCAGAUUCAUUCAAUACACUUGCUUCUCGGAACAUGAAUUAUGUGAUUACCACGUUGCUUCGCCAAUACGCCCAGGAGAUUCGUGAGGCAGUUGCUGAUGGGGCCGAUACUGCCAAGUUGCGAGCUCAAAGAGAGGCUCACAUGGCACAAAUCUUUAAGUUAUUAACUGUAUUUUUGGGGACUCCUCCAGGCCCCAAUGAUGAGAUUGUGUGGGAAUAUGUGGAUAAGGAUAAGGAGUAUCACUCGGUUAAGACUACGCCUCUUGGGUUCUACAAGGAUGUCGUACAGUAUGAUGUCGCCGACACUGUGUCAUUGUUGAAUGACCCUCGUAAUGAGUAUAACCGGUUGAUUACUGUUGAUCGGUUGGGUAACGUUGCCGGGCGGCCGUAUGUGACUUAUGUCAAUGCAGAAAUUGAUGUUUUGGCUAGUACUGCAGUGUCAUUGAUUAAGGCCAAUGUUCCUGUAUUUUUCGGUACCCAUACACCUAUUUAUCAUGACCGCAAGAGUGGUAUUAUUGACACAGCAUUAUGGGAUUAUAAGUUAAUUGGGUUUGAUCCUAAACAGAAUAAAGCUGAUCGUUUGCGAUACCAUCAAUCAUUGAUGACACAUGCCAUGUUACUGACGGCUGUUCAUGUGGACCCAGAAUCUGGUGAGCCUGUGCGUUGGCGCGUGGAGAACUCGUGGGGGACAGAGCCUGGAAUUAAGGGCUAUUUUAUCAUGUCUCACGAUUUUUUCAAGGAGUAUGUGUACCAGAUUGUUGCACAGAAGAGUGCUAUUGAGGAUGAGGGAGUCAAGGCUGUGAUUGAAGAUUGGGAUAACCAGAAACCCAUUGUAUUGCCACCUUGGGAUCCCUGUGGAGCUCUUGCCAAGUUGUAA